GGUAAAAUUUUCAGAGGAGGAGUCCAGCAAUGGUCUAUACAUAAUGAAUUCAUAUUUCAAGUUAAAGGGGAGUAAGGAGCAUGAAGAUAAAUGGUCAGCAGAAGCUUCUGAUGAGGAUUCAGAUCAGUAUUCGGGUGAUAUAGAAUCCGAGCAAGCUCAGGGUGAUGAAGAAGAUGAUGACAUGGCAACAGAUCUACGUGUUCCAGAGACAGAGCUAGAAGAUGAGGCAAGAGAAAUAGACACGAGGACACACUUGUCAGUUGACAGCUCAGCAAAAAUGUCGAUGAAUCACCAAAAUAAUCAAAAAGGUCUUGCCGAAGGGAUAGAAGAUGAGGCUUCAGUGACAGGGGGACCAGAUGAAUGUUUUCAAAAAGCAAACGAGGUUACAACGGGUGGGAAGGAAGGCUCAACAAGAAAACAUUUAAUGAUUGCUGGGCUCGAGGAAGAGAGGAGCGGAAAGGGAGCAGAGUUGGAUGUCAGCGAGGAAAACAUCGGGAACAGGGAGUUUUUCAAAAAGGGGGCAGAGGAGGAAGCUUCACAAGAAAGCAGAUCAGAGCUCGCAUCGGACAAGACUACAGUUGCUGAAGAGAGGCAAAGGAAAGAGGGAGAAGAAAUUGAGCCGAUUGGGCCGGCAAAGAAAUUGAAUUCGGAGGAUGGGAGAAACGGGCCUAAUGAAGAUGGGCCAUACUAUGAAGAAUUAAACUCAUUAUCUUUGGGUAAUGUUACUGGGCCAAUCAAUGAAGAUCCAAACCCAACUUCUUUGAGAAAGCCCUCCAAAAUGGUAAAAAAGGCAGCUUCCCACGUGAUGACCGAAAAGGAAGACAGCUUCUGGAAAGAUAUGGCCGACGAUGCAGGGGAGAUGCCGAACUGGACCAAAAAGGGGGAGGAAAAAAAGAAGAAACAGUAGAAAUGAAGAGUGAAGACCUGC